UUGACACUUGUGAAAGUAGAAUGUUGAUGUUUGUAAUACAUAUUUUAACAUUACGAAAUUAAUAUUAUUUUCUCGGAUUUAUUGUCGUAAAAUAUAUAUUUUUAAUAUUUCGACAUAAUAUUUAAAUGACUCGUCAUGCUAGAAACUGCACAGCCGGUGCUGUGUACACAUAUCACGAAAAGAAAAAAGACGCUGCGGCGUCUGGGUAUGGUACACAAAGCGAGCGAGUUGGAAAAGAUUCAGUAAAAAGUUUCGACUGCUGUAAUUUGACUCUACAACCUUGUAGGUAUCCAGUAGUGACAAAGGAUGGUUAUUUAUUUGACAAGGAAGCUAUACUGGAAUACAUUAUAGCAAAGAAAAAUGAAUACACACGGAAUCUGAAAAAAUACGAGAAACAACUAAAAAAGGAAGAAGAGGAGAAGAGGGAGUUAGCAACUGCUGAAAAAGAGGCUAACUUAAUUAAAUUCAUGAAUAGGGAGAAGAAUAUAACAAAUACAGCAAAAGCAGCCACUGCACCAUCAACUAGUUCAGUUUCUAACCUUGCCAAUGGUAAAAAUAAAGAGUUGCCAAGUUUCUGGGUGCCAUCACAACUACCCGACGCUAAGAUUUCGAAAUUGCAAAAGCCGGAUCCAACCAUUUACUGUCCAAUCAGUGGAAAGCCAUUGAAAAUGAAAGAUCUAAUAGAAAUUAAAUGGACUUUAGUAAAUGACCCAGAUGAUAAGAAAUCCCUCAUUGCUAAGGAGAACAGAUACAUGUGUCCUGUAACACAUGACAUACUAAGUAAUGCUGUGCCUUGUGCAGUUAUCAGAACGACUGGUCAUGUGGUAACAAUGGAAUGUAUUAAGAAAAUAAUAAAAAAGGAUUGGCUCCACCCUCUAACUGGUGAUAAAUUAAAAGAAAAAGAUAUUAUAGUGUUGCAGCGAGGAGGUACAGGAUAUGCAUCAACCAAUCAAAAUCUAGAGGCUAAGAAUGAGAGGCCAGUGUUGCAAGCAUAGUAAAAUUCGGAUUUAUAGGUGUUGUACUAUAUUAAUGAUAUAUAUUAUUUUAUAAGAAAA